UUUGGGGAGACGUGGGGGCAUCUGGGGAGACGGUUUGCGGGACAGAUGGGGACCCCCAGGAGAAUUUAUAGGACAUGUAGAGACAGAGUUUCAGGGAACAGUUUGGGAUGGGGUCCUUUCUGGGGACAAUUGGGACGACAUUUUUGGCUACAGAUAUUAACAUUUGGAGAACAAUUUUGGAGGACAUUCGAAGGAUGUUUUGGGAGGACAUUUCUGGGAUGGAUGAUGGGGUUAUGGGGGGGUGACUUGGGCAACACUUAGCGACUUUGGCGAGGACAUUUUGGAAGAUAUUUCAGGCCACGGCUGUAGGGGAACAGAUCUUGUGACAUUUUGGGGACAAUUGUGGCAUUUCAGGGUGGCCGUAGAAGGAUAGAUGGCAGAGGCCCUUCUGAGGGACAUUCGAAGGGACCCUUUUAGGGUUUCUGGGGGGAGGCUUUGGAGGGUAGUUGGGGAAGAUGUGGGUCACUGUGAUGGGGCCAUGUUGGGAAGGUGGCUCUUUGCCCAGGAACAGGCUGGCGACCUGGGGGGGGGGACUUUUGGGAACGAUGCUAGGGGCCGAUGCUGGCAGUGGGUGUUGGAUGGCCAGCUGGGGCGGUGGACCUGGGGACACAGGCCUGGGGACGCCGCCUCAGCCCCCCCACCCAGGACCACCUCCCCCGCAGCUGCGGCUCGGCCCCCCCGACCUCGGCUCCUGCCCGCCCUGCGGCCCCUGCCCCAUCCCGAAGCCGGCAGCCAGAGGCAGGUGCCAGAGCCAGGACUGGGGGAAAAGCGACGAGCGGUUGCUGCAGGCCGUGGAAAACAACGACGCCUCGCGGGUGGCUGCCCUCAUCACCCGUAAGGGGCUGGUGCCCACGAAGCUGGACCCCGAGGGCAAGUCCGCGUUCCACCUGGCGGCCAUGAGGGGUGCAGCCAGCUGUCUGGAGGUGAUGCUGGCCCACGGCGCCAACGUCAUGAGCACGGACGGGGCAGGUUACAAUGCCCUCCACCUGGCCGCCAAGUACGGGCACCCGCAGUGCUUGAAGCAGCUGCUGCAGGCGUCCUGCGUGGUGGACACUGUGGACAGCAGUGGGUGGACGGCCCUGCAUCAUGCAGCGGCUGGCGGCUGCAUCGCCUGCUCAGAAAUGCUCUGUUCCUUCAAGGCACACCUGAAUCCCCGAGAUCGGUUGGGUACAACACCCCUCAUCAUAGCAGCUCAGAUGUGUCAUACAGAUCUGUGCCGCCUCCUCCUGCAGCAGGGGGCUGCCGCCAAUGACCAAGACCUGCAUGGCAGGACAGCCCUGAUGCUGGCCUGUGAGGGGGCCAGCCCCGAAACCGUGGAGGUGCUGCUGCAGGGCGGGGCUCAGCCGGGCAUCACCGAUGCGCUGGGCCAGGAUGCUGCUCACUACGGCGCCCUGGCGGGGGACAAACUCAUCCUGCACCUCCUGCAGGAGGCGGCCCGGCGCCCCUCACCACCCAGCGAGGAUGACUCAGGAGAGGCGUCAUCUCAGAACUCCGUGUCCAGCCGUGAAAAGCGAGGGGCUACCAAGAAGCGGAAGGCGCCUCAGCCCCCCGCCAGCAUCCCUAUGCCGGAUGAUCGAGACGCCUACGAGGAGAUCGUGCGGCUGCGGCAGGAGAGGGGCCGCCUGCUACAGAAGAUCCGGGGUCUGGAGCAGCACCAGGAACGGAGGAAGCAGGAGCUGCCGGAGGCGGAGGCCAGCUCCCUGCACAGCCUGGAGAGACAGGUGCAGGAGCUGCAGCAGCUGCUGGCGGAGAAGCAGGAGGAGAAGGAGAGUCUGGGCCGGGAGGUGGAGAGUCUGCAGAGCCGGCUGUCCCUGCUCGAGAAUGAACGGGAGAACACCAGCUAUGACGUGGCCACCCUGCAGGAUGAGGAGGGCGAGCUGCCCGACUUUCUGGGGGCCGAGGCCCUGCUCUCCAAGCGGCUAAGCCCGUCAGCCCAGGAGCUCUUGGCCUCGCUUCAGGAGCAGGUGGCCGCCCUCAGGAGACAGAACCAGGAGCUGAUGGAGAAGGUCCAGAUCCUGGAGAACUUCGAGAAAGAUGAGAUGGAUGCGAAUGGUUCGGCCGAGGUCAUCCCUCUGGCCCUCUAUGACUCUCUCCGGGCUGAGUUGGACCAGCUCCGCAGGCAGCACGCCGAGGCCCUGCGGGCUCUGGAGGAGCAGGGGGCGCAGGAGGCCCCUGGAGAAGAGGAUGCGGCCCCCGGGGAGGGCGAGGGCCUGGGAGCCAAGACCACCAGAAAUGGGCCAACGGAAACACAGCUUAAUGGGACCGUGGCUCCAGAAACCAAGGUUAACGGACCUGAGAGCACAGAGGAGGAGGCUGCGGGAGUCGAAACCACCGAAGCAACACCCACGGGGGCCAAGGCCACAGAAACAAAAGCCACAGAUGUCGAGGCCACAGGAACAGAGGACGUGGGAGCUGAGAGCUUGGAAAUCAAGGCCAUGGAGGCUGAGGUCACAGAAAUGAACGCUCUAGAAGGAGGAGGAAACCCAGAAACAAAAGCCACUGGAGUCGAGGCCGCAACCACGAAAGCAGAGGAAGCAAAAAUGAAGCCCGGUGAAGUGGGUGCUGUGGAGGCAGAGCUCAUGGGCACGGAGACCACAGACAUGGAGGCCACGGGAGUGGAGGCCACGGAUCCAGAGGCCAUGGGAGCGGAGGCCGCGGGCUCUGUCCUACACCCGGGGGCUGCUGAGGCCUCAGAAAAGCUCCAGGCCGAGCUGGAGACCAGGAUUCGCGCCUUGGAGGAGGCACUCCGGCAGCGGGAGCGGGAGGCCGCCACCGAGCUGGAGGCCGCCCGUGACAAGUGCGAGGCCGCGGAGGCCGAGGCGGGCCGGCUGCGUGAGCAGGUGCGCGAGGCUGAGGGUGGUGGGGUCGGCGUGGCCAGAAGCAGCGACACGGUCCAGCUGCGGGCAGCCUUGGAGCAGGCCCGGGAGGACCUCCGAGCCCGUGACUCCCGCCUCCGGGAGCUGGAGGCCACCGCGGCCUGGCUGGAUGAGGCCCGGGCCGGCCGGCUGCUGGCCGAGGAGGAGGCCCGGGGGCUGCGGGCCGAGCUGGCCCAGCGGGAGGAGGUGAGGCUGGAGCAGAGCCGGGAGCUGGAGGCGCUGCGGAAGCAGCUGGCCACUGCCACGGCUGCCGGUGAGCAGCAGCGGGCAGCGGCCGCCGAGCUGGGCCGAGCGCGGGAUGAGGCUGAGGCCCGGGCCGCGGAGCUGGCCGCGGCCUGCGAGGAGGCCCGGCGGGGCCUGGCGGAGCUGCACGAGGCCUCGGAGGCCCUGCGCCAGUCGGCUGUGCCGGCCUCCGAGCACCACCGGCUGCAGGAGGAGGCCCUGGAGCUGCGCAGCCGGGCGGCCAGCCUGGAGCAGGAGGUGGUGGCCACGGGCAAGGAGGCUGCCCGGCUGCGGGCGGAGCUGGAGCGGGAGCGCAUGGGCAGCGUGGCCCGCUUGGACCACGAUCGCGUGGUGGGCGCGCUGCAGGCCGACGUGGCCCGGCUGGAGGGGCAGCUGGAGGAGCUGGGCCGCCGCCACGAGAAGACCAGCGCUGAGGUCUUCCAGGUCCAGCGGGAGGCCCUGUUCAUGAAGAGCGAGCGGCACGCGGCCGAGGCCCAGCUGGCUGUGGCAGAGCAGCAGCUGCGGGGGCUCCGGACCGAGGCGGAGCAGGCACGCCAGGCCCAGAGCCGUGCCCAGGAGGCUCUAGACAGGGCCAAGGAGAAGGACAAGAAGAUCACAGAGCUCUCCAAGGAAGUGUUCAGUCUGAAGGAGGCGCUGAAGGAGCAGCCGGCAGCCCCGGGCACCCCGGAGGUGGAGGCCCUCCGUGCCCAGGUGAAGGGUCUGCAGCAGCAGCUGGAGGAGGCUGCCAGGGGCCACAGUGCCGUGGUGGCUUUGUAUAGGAGCCACCUCCUGUACGCCAUUCAGGGUCAGAUGGACGCAGAUGUGCAGCGGAUUCUGAGUCAGAUCCUACAGAUGCAGCGGCUUCAGGCUCAGGGCCGCUGAGCCUCAGAGCUCUGACGGCCCCGCCCCGCCCGCCAGGCCCCGCACGGGGCGUCACACAAGGACCCUCUGCCCUGGGAGACCAGCCUGGGCCCCUUCCUGACUGUCCCGGCCGUCUCCUCCACCCCACUGGGCCCUGCCCGCACGGGUCAGCCUAGACCCUGGCCCUGACCGUGCGCCCCUGCCCCCACCGGAGAAGCUGUGAGGCCCCCUCCCACGUCUGAUCGCCGGACGCCACCCCAGGAAUGACAGCAAUAAAAGCUCAAGGAGCA